AUGAUCGGUGAGGAAGAGUACGUGAGAAUCAAGUCGGAAGAUCCAUCGGGAAUCGAUAUCCUUCACCACUUUGAGACCGAACCGAGCACACCUUCAUUGUCCCGCCGGCUUCACUCCUCCUCGCCGCCAAUCCCACCGCCAAGGCCUCGGCUUCAGUCUUUCUCGUCUUCAAUCCCACGACCUCGGCCCCCCCCCUUCACUCCUCGCCGCGACGCCGCCAGUACUCCACGGCUCCACCGGCGCACCGCCGAACCCGGUCCACGGCCGCUUACCUCGCUGGUGGCCUGUGGGAAGGGGGCAGGAGCUUUUACAUGCUUGCUUGAUGAAACUGGAAGGUACGAUUCGCCACCGUACAAAAAUGUGGAGUAUAAGCCAGAUUACAAAGUAUCCUCUCUUGUUGAAGUUCACAAACUCCUGGAAAAAGAUUUCAGCCUUUAUCCUUAUUCUCACAAAUGACGAUGCUGCCUCACAUAACGGGACUUUGUGUAAGCUCUGAUCCCUCUUGUAUCUGGAUACAUUUCGUGGCCGUACCAUAUAGUUAGGUAAUAUAUUCUCAACUUAUGUUAGGAUGAGGUUGGAUAAAUUUACCAAGAGGGCUGGCUUCACUAUCAUGUUCAGCUGGCUGGAUUAGUUUAGCAUUUUAAGUUGUGCCCUUCAGAUAUUAAAAAUUAGUUGUUAGCAGGGGAAAGGGCUUUUUUUGAUCAAAAGUAGUGUCUCCUGAAUUUGAAUUCUACUAUAGAGUCAGUUAUCUCUGCCUAAGCUUGACAAAGAAGGAAAAUAUAUGGUCAUUGGUGGUUUUGAUUCCUUCUUCGCCAAAAGAGACUUGGGUCACAAGUUUGCGGAAGAUCAUUAUAGACUUAAUAGAAAGGUAAAGUGGGGUUGAUAGAGGUGUACGUUUAUUACAUCUUUUUGGAGGCGGAUCGUCUGCAGUUGAGAAUUGGGUGCAAUUGGUAAAUUUAGAUCAAUCCUAGCCUUUCAUCAACUUUUCACCUUGUGAACAGGAAAUAUCAACAGUCUGUACUCAUUCAAGGUUCUAACACUUUUUCUGACAAUUUAAUUGUUCAAGGAUACAGUAAUAUUUCAA